AACUUAUCUAUGUCUCACAUUUAGCCCGGAGCUCCAAGGAUUGCUGAUGAAUCAGCUGACUAUUAAAGGCCUAAAGAAGCUUGGCCAGUCUGUAGAAUCUUCAUACUCCACUAUUCAGAAACUUGUAAUAAGCCAUUUACAAAGUGGAGCUGAAGUUUUGCUCUAUCAUCUAAGUGAACUAAAAGGAAUGGCCUUGUGGAAACAGAAGUAUGAAUCUCUUGGCUUAGAAGCCAAAGCAAUUGAAGAUGCAAUAACAUCUGUUGGUUCCUUCAUUCUUAAAGCAAAUGAGCUUUUACAAGUUAUAGACAGUGGGAUGAAAAACUUUAAGGCAUUCUUUCGAUGGCUUUAUGUAGCUAUGCUACGAAUGUCAGAAGACCACGUUCUUCCGGAGCUGAAUAAGAUGACGCAAAAAGGACAUCACUUUUGUUGCUGACUUUCUGACAGAACAUUUUAAUGAAGCACCAGAACUAUAUGACCAGAAAGGCAAGUACUUCAACGUAGAAAGGGUUGGACAGUAUUUGAAAGAUGAAGAUGAUGACUUGCUAUCUCCACCCAGUACGGAGGGGAAUCAGUGGUUCAGUUUUCUUCAGAACAGUACACCCCUGAAAGAAAGCCCACUACUGUUUCCUUCCUAUGUAGAAAAGUCACUUCACUUUGUGAAAAGGCAAAUGGAGGUGGUUAUUGAUAGAUGUCUGGCAAAACCCGCUGAUGUUAUAGGGAAAUCUAUUCAACAAAAACUGUGCAUUCCUCUUUAUCAUGCAUCCAAAAG